UCGGCGUGUCGUACUAGGUGAUGCCAGGGGCAUUGAAGGGGAGGGCCCGAUGUCAUUGUUUUGAGCAUUUGCGAAGGCGUGGGAUUCGGGGAAAGUCCCUGCCAUCUGUCCAGCAUGCUGCCAGGAGGAUGCAGGCUGACGUAGGCUGACCAAAAGUGUGAGUACGGUGGAGAACUGGGGUUUGGAUAGACCCGAUGGGAAGAUCAGAUCUUAAGUCCCGUUUUUAAGGGCGAUAGCACUAGGAGGUCAUCAAGCAGAACAAAGGAGGUACAACCUUGCCCAAUUCCAUUCAUGGCAUACAUGUAUGUAUUCAAGGUUUUCUGUCUUGCUCCGAACGUUGGCAACGAUUGUAACGGUAACGGCCGGCGACACACCGGUUCAGCGGGUUUCCCGCACCGAAGAGCGGAACUGGUCGAGAAGACAGAAAAAGAACAGACAGCUGAUCCUCGGCAAACUUCUCCCUUUGAGUCCCUACACGAUCUGUGACUCUUCCCUCAAUUCUAAGGCCUUUGGGCCUCCACCGCUCCUUAAAAAAAAAAAAGCCAACUUUCCCUCUGUUGGCGCGAGUCCUCCGGGACCCGGUAUGUUGCGCGAGGUGUCAGAACUCAAGGUGGGGAGACCCUGGCGUUGGAUGUGCUCAAUGCGUGUCCCGCCCUGCGAAUUGAAGCAAGGGUCGGAACCAGGGCAGCUCUGCCCACGAACCUGGCAAGCCUAGAGGCUGGGAGAGGGGCUGCGAGCAGAACUUGAGACCAUGAGCCAG